AUGGAUACCAAUGCAUCACUGACUUAUUUUGCAAUCAACUCUGCAGUGUUUGCUUCAGUGAAUGUAGCUACAUCUGUUUUCAGCAUCCUUAUGAACAUUUUUUUCAUCUACUGUAUGGUCUUUCAACAGAGUGAUUGUGCAAUAAUUAUUUACUUGUGGAAACACCUGAAAAAUAUGGAAAAGAGCAGCACCCUCUCUUCUCCCCGAUUCCAGAGACAGAUAAGGAUGACCAUCAGAAGAACCACCAUUACUCAAGGAGGUGUCGAGCCCAAACAUUUCAGCUUGACAAUGCCACCGUGCUUCUAA